UUUAAAUUUAUAAACAGAACUGGUUUCUUACCUUUUUUAUUCUUGUUUAUUUUUUAAGUAUCAGUUCGGUUUUUCCAAGGAGUAGCAAAUAGUAUUUUUAAAUUGUGUACCACAUAACCAUCAAAUUAAUUUGUUAAAUGGUAAUUUGGAAAAUGAUAGUAAGAGUGAGGAGUUUUGUACUGUUAUUUGGUGGAUUUUUGGCGAAUAUUUAUUUUGUUAGCGGUACCCCACAGACCAGUUUAGAAUACAAACCGAUUAGACCUAGCUUCAGUCCCAGCGGUUCCCACACGACCGGACAGCUCAUUCCACCGGGACCGCCAUGGCCGGACAGCGUAGAGGGAUACCAGAAUUUUAGUUCCAUCACGAAACCCCCAAUGUUGGCCGACAGACUGCCAGAUUUGUCACCAACAACGCAAAGAAACCCGAAUGUGCCAUCUUUCGCUGGUAGCAGCGACACCCAUAAAGUACCGCCGGGUAAACCAUGGCCCGAUAGUGCUGAAGGGUACCACAACUUUAGCGUCAUAACCAAACCAACAGUUAUCGUGGAUAGAUUACCUGAAGUUAGUACGGAUAGAAACCCGAAUAAACCCAGCUUUGCCGGUGCUACCUUCAUAAACGGCAUGGUACCCAGUGGUAAACCUUGGCCCGAUAGCAUCGAAGGGUACCUAAACUUUACCACCCAAAAACCAACAAGAUUACCCAACUCCAGCACACCAUUCAUCGAUUUAUUUUAUCCCUUGGUUCAUACCACGUCGAACCCUGAUUUAUUCACCACAACCACAAUGGUACCGCCAACCAUAGAGGAUCCAAUACCACCCAAAAGCGAAAUACCGAUGAACCCUCAACCACAAGAUCUGAACAACUUGGACUUUUUUAAGCCACAGUUUAAACCAGUGGAUCAUGAGACAUUCUUUAGACCUUUCGGCAUAGAUCACCACGAAAAUAACCAUAGAAAAACCACCAUGGUACCGGAAACAAAGCCACCAAUGGGACCAUCAGUAAUAAUCAACAUACAAAAGCAACCCAUGGGUACCACAACCAAAAAAACCAAAGUACCAACAAGAAAACCUACUACACGUAAACCAAACGUUAUGGUGAGCAGUUUAUUACCACCAGAAGCUUUGGAGGUUUUAGAAGUUCAAUAUAAAGGAAAACCCUCCACCACUGUGGUACCAACUGUAACCAGGCCUACCACAACAGAAAAAACAACAGUUUUAAAUAUUAUAAAAGCUCCUGCUACCGUGUUACUGCCUCCAAAAUAUUAUUAUCAUAAUGGGGGCAAUGAAAACUCAAAUAAUGGAAAUAUUAAUUUUAAUUUGGGCGAUUUAAUGCUGCCCCAAGUUUUUGUGUUUUUUGAUAAGUAUGAUUACAAACCAGAUUCUCACGAAAAUUUUAAUAGUUUUUAUGAUGGACAUUAUUAAAAGAUUUAGAUUUCUGUAACUUGGAUUAA